UCUACAGUGAAUUCACAUAGUUUGCUGCACAUCAACUGCAAAUAUCGUUCGAAAUGGUGCGACCAUCUUUAUACUUUACCGUUUUCGGUUUUGUCAUGUUUAUUUUACAUGCAGUUGCGGAGGAUUCUUGUCUAUUAUCAACGCAACAAUUUCUGGACAAAAAAGUUCUUGGUGCAAAUUACGUUCGUUGGGGGAGAACUACCUGUCCAUCAGAUAAUGAAGUACUAUAUACAGGUCAGGCUGCAGGCUCGGACUGGCAGUCACCGGGCGCGGCAAGCAAUUUCCUGUGCUUGACAAAUGAGCCACAGUGGGGAUUAUACGAAGAAGGCGUCAAUUCUGGGGCUCAGGUUUACGGAGCUGAAUAUGAGUUUAAAGAUUUUCAUCCUGAUAAAGGAAGUGAAUAUUUCAAUCAGGAUCUGAAUGACCAUGAUGCUCCGUGUUCAGUGUGCCAAACUCCGCGUUCCUCUGUAUUAAUGAUCCCUGGUAGACAGGAAUGCUUCCCAGGCUGGACUAAGGAGUACAGCGGGUACCUUGUGGCAGGGGCUGGACAACAUAGAGCCGCCACAGAGUAUAUAUGCCUGGACGGUGAAGCAGAAAAUAUAUCACCAGAACUAGGUAAUACAGAUGGGAAAGUUAUGUACUUGGUGGAUGCUGUGUGUGGCACUUUAAGAUGCCCUCCAUAUAUCCAAGGUCGCGAGCUGACAUGCGUUGUUUGUAGCAAAUAAACUACAUCAAGCAAAUUGAUAUAGACUACAAUUUUAUAUAGCAUUUCACUUGCAUUUUAUUUUAGUCAUAUCAAGUUGUGCUGAAAAUACUUUCUAAAAAUACAAUAAAUUUAACUCAAAUUGGAUUUUUUUAUUAUAUCUCAACAACUUUUCAAGUGGAAUGGUCUUGAUAUUUCAAAAUAUGUUGAACAACCUUUCAUAAAACAUGUUAUUGUUUAUUGCUCAUGUGCACACAUUGUAAAAUAAAGUAAGUCUAUAUAU